AAACAACAGUAUCGAGGAACGGAAAACGAAAUGGCAAACAGUGAAGCAAUGCCGGAUACACAAACGGCCACCCAAAUGACGCAGGAUACGGCACUGGAAAGUCAACCGAUCGAGCAUCCCAGCUACGGCCAGCUUCUGGGCAAGCAUGUGAAGACGAAAAGCCUCGGUACUAAAUAUCCUAUGUUCUACGUUUCUCGUGCUCCGUCUACCAUUUACGAGCUACGGCGCAGCGAGUUCAAAGUUGGUCGAGAGGAAUCGUGCGAUCUUAUGCUGAGCGAGACCAAUCUUCCGGCCUCAAAACUGUGCCGCGUUUCAAAGGUACAUUUCACAAUCAAAAAGGAUCUGAAUGAUAUGACCAGCCCUACGUACAUACACGAUCAUUCACGCAACGGAACGUACGUAAAUGGCAGACUGAUAGGGCCCAACAAAUGUAUGAUCCUAAAGCAUGAAGAUGUCAUCUCAAUUGCCGGUGUAAAUAUCCGUGCGUUUGUGUAUUACGAUCUGCGGCACAACGUUGCGGUGGAGAUUAAGGCGAAAGAGCUGCACGAACGGUACCACAUUGGCCGGAAGCUUGGUUCGGGUGCGUGUGGAACGGUUUAUCUACUGCAUGAUACCAUUUCCUGCCAACCGUACGCGAUGAAGCACGUUGCGAAGGAUCCACUGAACGAGCGCAGCCGACCAAAAUUCCUGAACGAUCCACUACGGGUAAUGAAUGAGGUUAAUAUAAUGAAAAAUCUAGAUCACCCUUGCGUGAUCAAAAUGCAUGACAUCGUAGACAAACCGGACUCGGUGUACAUGGUGCUGGAGUACAUGAAGGGUGGCGAUCUAUUGUCGCGCAUCAUUAACAACAAAUAUCUGCCGGAAAAGACGGCCAAACUGUUCUUCCUCCAGAUGUGCCAUGCCGUAAAGUACCUGCACGAGCAAGGAAUAACCCACCGCGACCUGAAACCCGACAACAUCCUGCUCGAGGACGAUAACGAGUACACCCUGCUGAAGGUAUCCGACUUUGGGCUGAGCAAGUUCGUGCGCAAAAACUCGGUCAUGCGCACGAUCUGUGGUACACCGCUGUAUGUAGCACCGGAAGUGCUACAAACCGGCGGACGUGGCUCGUACACCCGCAAAGUGGACAUCUGGAGCCUGGGCGUUGUACUAUUCACAAUGCUCAGCGGUACGCUACCCUUCUCGGAUGAUUACGGUUCACCGGCCGUGGAGCAGAUUAAGCGGGCAAACUUUAAGAUGCGCCACACGGUGUGGAAGAAAGUGUCACCGCUGGCAAAGAAAUUGAUUUACGAAAUUUUAAGCGUAAAUCCCAACUCACGUCCAUCGAUCGAUGCGCUGCUUCGAAGCAGCUGGCUGCGUGAUCCGGACGUUAUCCGCAAAGCGGAACGGUUAAUGAAGAUACCGUUGGUAGCGGAAGAGCCGGUGACAACGUCGGCCGGGCGAACCACGAUCUCGGAUGUGGAGAACAAUAAUGCCAGCCCGGUUAGUAGCUUUGCACCACCGAGCAAGCGGAAGCGACUGUAG